AGUGCAGAAAACCACGGUGAGGUGAAAAGGAGAGAAAAAAAAAUCAGUGUGUACAAUAACGCUAUUCUUGUGGGAAUCGAGUAGUUUUGGAUAGUCUGUUCUUCUGUCGGUAAAAAUGGGAAAUUGCCACACCGUUGGACCAAACGAGGCCCUGGUGGUUUCAGGUGGCUGCUGUGGCUCAGAUCAGAAGACGUAUAUGGUGGGAGGCUGGGCCUGGGCCUGGUGGCUCAUCUCUGACAUCCAGAGGAUAACGCUUGAGAUUAUGACCCUGCAGCCCAAGUGUGAGGAUGUAGAGACAGCGGAGGGUGUAGCUAUUACUGUCACUGGGGUGGCUCAGGUGAAGGUGAUGACAGAAAACGAACUGCUGGGUUACGCCUGCGAGCAGUUCCUAGGGAAGUCGGUCGUGGAGAUCAAGAGUGUCAUCUUGCAGACACUCGAGGGUCACCUGCGUGCCAUCCUUGGUACCCUAACUGUUGAGCAGAUUUACCAAGACAGAGACAAAUUUGCCGUCCUGGUGCGAGAAGUGGCAGCACCCGAUGUCGGCCGCAUGGGCAUCGAGAUCCUCAGCUUCACCAUCAAGGAUGUAUAUGACAAAGUGGAGUACCUGAGCUCGCUGGGAAAAACUCAGACAGCUGCAGUACAGAGAGAUGCAGACAUCGGAGUGGCAGAGGCAGAGAGAGACGCUGGCAUCAGGGAAGCUGAGUGUAAGAAAGAAAUGAUGGAUGUUAAGUUCCUAGCUGACACAAAAAUGGCCGACUCCAAAAGAGAGCUGGAAAUGCAGAAAGCCUCCUUCAACCAGGAAGUGAACACAAAGAAAGCAGAAGCUCAACUGGCGUAUGAGCUGCAGGCUGCCAAAGAGCAGCAGAAGAUCCGUCUGGAGGAGAUUGAAAUUGAGGUGGUGCAGAGGAAGAAGCAGAUUACAAUUGAGGAAAAGGAAAUCGACCGUACAGACAAGGAGCUCAUCGCCACAGUGAAGAGACCUGCAGAGGCUGAAGCCUACAAGAUGCAGCAGCUGGCUGAGGGACAGAAGAUAAAGAAGGUGCUGAUUGCACAGGCAGAAUCUGAGAAGAUCCGCUGCAUCGGUGAAGCCGAGGCCGCCUCCAUCGAAGCGGUGGGAAAAGCAGAGGCUGAGAAGAUGAGGCUGAAAGCUGAAGCCUACCAGCAGUACGGCGAUGCUGCCAAGACAGCUUUGGUCCUCGAGGCUCUGCCCAAGAUUGCUGGUAAGGUGGCUGCACCGCUGUCCAGGACCAACGAGAUUGUCAUCCUGAGUGGAGAAGGCAGCCGUGUCACUGGAGAGGUGAACCGUCUAUUAGCUGAACUCCCCGUGUCCAUCAACGCCCUCACUGGAGUGGAUCUGACUAAGAUCCCUCUGCUCCAGAAGAUGACCAACCCUCAGUGCCAAUCAGCCAUCUGAUGAGUCAGCCCACAGACUUGUUUCACACAGUCCUUCGACAUAUACCUGCCUCAAGCAUGAAAACAGUUUUUCAGCCUCUGACCCCUUAUGCAACUGCCUUUGACCAGAGACACUUGACACCAACCAAGAGGUUUUUUAUAUUUUUAAGAGGAUUUUAAUUUUCUAAAGGAAAAACAAAGCUGGGGCCUUACUCCUAAAGGACCAGACUGUAUGUAUCUUCUGUUGUUUUUAGUUAUGUUAGACACUUUGCUUUAUAUAAAACUGCACUAGUCCGCCAGGGUUAUAUGCUGCAAUCCUGCUCAGUCCUACAAGUCAUGUAAUGCAGACUUGUGGUUUUCUUUUGUUUUGUGUGUUUUGUUUGUUGUUGUCUUUUUAUUUUUGGGAGAGACAAACAUCAGAGUUAGUCCACCUUUAAUGUGGCAGUGUGUAUAGAAGGAAAACACAGACAGACACACACACACACACACACACACACACACACACCCACACACCACUGUCUUCAAUAUUCAGUGCUGGAAAAAGGUCCCAAAAAAUUUAAGGAAAAAUCUGAAUCUCUUCUCUGAGCUCUUUAAAUGUCUUAAUGCCUGAAGUUUGGAGUGCAGCGCUUCUCUGUCAGGUGUUGACAUUUAUUCACCUUUGGAGCAGAUCAAAUUGUGCCAGCUCCGGCCUCAUCAUUUAACAUUCACUCGUCUAAUGCUCAGAGCCCAAUAAAUUAAAUUACUCACAGUAGACUGAGCAAGGUCUGAAAUUGGCAGCCUUUCUUUUCUCUUUGCUUUUAAAACUCUUUUUAAAAUUGCUUUUAGAUUAGUUCAACUUUUAUCUCUCUCUCUGAGGUAACUUGACAGAUUUACAAACAGCUGUUACCCUUCAGGCUUUACAGAUCUUCACCCACUGUGAUUGUAAGAUUUACAGUAUAUUACGAUAUUGUUGGUAUUUGAAUCACUUGUCUGAUCAUAUUUACCUCACGGUAUGUUGUCAUGUUUCCUGUCUUCUGAUGUGCAGUGCCUGUUCACCACUCAAGUGCCCAAACCUUUAGGACAGUGGUUUGGCUGUAGUUGGAUUAAUGCCAGAGUAUAUCACUGUGGCAGAGAUAGACAAUGUUUAAAUAUUGUAACCUGCUUUCCUAACAUUCGUUUAUACUAACAAUAGCGUUAACUUCUCACUUUUGUCACGUGUUUGGAUACAUAGGCAGAUAUAUAAACGCUCUAAAUAAACUUAUAACACAAAGCCAUACAUAGAAAAGAUUAUCCUUAAAAUGGACCCUGGACAGCUGCCAGGCUUACCAACAUUUCUGUUAUACCUCAAGUAGCAAACGGUAGAUGUUCAGGGUCUGAGCUUCAAUCCCCUUUUUAUUUUCCUCCUCCUCAGAUAAUCUGUUACGUUAAUGUUAAUCCUCCUUCUACUCAGAUGUGGUAACAUGUUUCUCACAUGUUGUUCCCUUUUUGCAGAAAGUUGUGUACAUAUUUUCUAACUUUGAAGAGUAAACCCAAACUAAAUCUUUUAUUUUUGAAAGUUACCACUCUGCCACAUAUCUGACCCAACCUGUGGCGACAAUGCAGGAAGUGAAUGUUUCAUUCAGUCGGUCCACAGUAAGGAUUUAAGUUUGAGAAUAAGCAUGUGAACAGUUUGAGCUCAGGUGGGUUCUCUGUGAGGGUUAUCGGUAUCGUGAACAGUCUGUGUGAAUCAUGGUGGACCAAUCAAAUCACCAACUGCAGCAUCUAAACUCAGAGUGGGGUGUAAACUCUUAUUUGAUUGGGUGAAUCUAAUUGUAGUCUGAUACAAUCAUUUAACCGCUCAAAUACAACAGCCAGUGUCCAAAGUGAUGUCAUACAGCAGUAUUGGUGCAGCGUGCAACAUGUUGUGAGUUUUGACCUCUAGAUGGCAGCAGGACUUUAGCCCACGUUAAAUUACUCUUCAGAGUCAAUGAGCCUUUUGUUACUUUCCUGUUGUCAAUGCAGACAUUUAAACGUAAUACUUUCUUAUCGAGCUCCGUGUUUAUUUAGCCAGUUAUCAGCUCGGUUGUGCUGGCCAUGUUUAAUGUUGUGUUCUGCUUCUAGUAAAUCACACAGUGAAUAAUGAUUAACCACUCUUUAAAGCUUGUGAUUUUAAAUGUUUGCUUGUUUUUUUUCAUGUUAUCAGUGACCAUUAUGCAGUUAUCACAGUUACACCAUUUUCUUUAUUUACUGUCAAAUAAACGUGAGGCUUGUGGCUUGUAUGUUCUGAGCAAAUUCAUUCAUCUUGUUUCUGUGUUUCACAUUUUUCUAUCAUAAUCGCCUCCAAGUUCUGAUGUGCUUCUGCAGCUAUUACCUGCUGUAAAUGCGGUGAAAACACUGCGCAGCUUAUCGCAAAUACAAUAAUAUUACUAACCAAUUGUUACAUUCAGUAUGUAAUUCUGAAAUGAAACAUUUAAAAGUGGCCGGUGGUUUUUAACAAGCAAUUAGCAGCACCAAGUAUUCGUCAUUUAAAACAGACAGAGAGCCCCUGAUCAUUGAUGCUGACAGCAGCCUGGCACAGUGGUCUAACAUCAGUGUGUGUGCUCAGGCUGCAGAUGACUGACAGUUCUCCUCUUCACUUACACAUUAAUAGGAAACCUUCACCCACCUAAUUGCACUUGAAGCUUUUUUGUUUGUUUUAUAAGCUAGGAA